GCCUAGAGUGACAUUUUGUCAAACAGAGCAGCUCUCACUCUCAGAUAAACAGAGCACUCUGUUUUUUCUUACACUCUAUCCAUCUCCCAUUCCCUUCCAACCUUCACUCAAUGGCGGCGUCCAAGACCACAACGAUGGACUCUGAGAAGGCCGAAAACGGAGAUUCUCCACCGGACCGUUGUCCGGUGGAGGAGGUGGCUCUGGUGGUGCCCGAAACCGACGACCCAUCGAUUCCGGUGAUGACUUUCCGGGCAUGGUUUCUGGGAUUGGCAUCAUGCGUGCUCUUAAUCUUCCUGAACACGUUCUUUACUUUCAGGACUCAGCCACUCACCAUCUCUGCCAUUCUCAUGCAAAUCGCCGUUCUUCCCGUAGGAAGGUUCAUGGCGUCCACGCUUCCCACCAAAGAGUACAACUUUCUGGGGUGGCGCUUCACCUUGAACCCUGGGCCCUUCAACAUGAAGGAGCACGUCAUCAUCACCAUCUUUGCAAACUGUGGCGUGUCCUUUGGAGGGGGUGACGCUUACUCCAUUGGCGCCAUUACUGUCAUGAAAGCUUAUUAUAAACAGAGUUUGAGCUUUCUGUGCGCCCUUUUCAUCGUCUUAACCACUCAGAUGUUGGGGUAUGGAUGGGCUGGGAUUCUGAGGAGGUAUCUGGUUGAUCCCGUUGAAAUGUGGUGGCCUGCAAACCUUGCUCAAGUGUCGCUCUUUAGGGCACUCCACGAAAAGGAGGAGAAAUCAAAAGGUUUUACGAGGAUGCAGUUUUUCCUCAUUGCCAUGGGUGCAAGCUUCUUGUAUUAUGCACUCCCUGGCUAUCUGUUCACGGUCUUAACCUUUUUCUCGUGGGUUUGUUGGGCAUGGCCGAAUAGCAUCACUGCACAGCAAGUUGGAUCAGGUUAUCAUGGACUUGGGAUUGGUGCCUUCACAGUUGAUUGGGCAGGGAUUUCAGCUUAUCAUGGGAGCCCUCUUGUUUCACCAUGGUCUUCCAUUGUUAACGUGGGAGUCGGAUUUAUCAUGUUCAUAUACAUCAUUGUACCUGUGUGUUACUGGAAGUUCAACACUUUUGAUGCCCGCAAGUUUCCUAUAUUUUCUAACCAGUUGUUCACGACCACUGGACAUAAAUAUGACACUACCAAGAUCUUAACCAAGGAGUAUGAUCUUAACAUUGAUGCAUACAACAAAUACGGCAAGUUAUACCUCAGUCCUCUGUUUGCAUUAUCAAUUGGAUCGGGUUUUGCAAGAUUUACGGCUACCCUCACUCACGUGGCACUGUUUUAUGGCAGAGAUAUUUGGAGACAGAGUAAAUCUGCGAUGAGUGGUGCGAAAUUGGAUGUCCAUGGUAGACUUAUGCAAGCUUAUAAGCGAGUACCUGAAUGGUGGUUCCUCAGUAUAUUGUUUGGGAGCAUGGCACUAUCCCUGCUAAUGGCCUUUGUGUGGAAAACUGAUGUGCAACUGCCAUGGUGGGGUAUGCUCCUUGCUUUUGGUUUGGCUUUUGUUGUAACCCUCCCAAUUGGUGUCAUUCAAGCAACUACCAACCAGCAACCUGGAUAUGACAUUAUAGCACAGUUCUUUAUUGGGUAUAUCCUUCCAGGAAAACCGAUUGCAAACUUGCUCUUCAAGAUUUACGGGAGAAUCAGCACCGUGCAUGCUCUCUCUUUCUUGUCAGAUCUCAAACUAGGCCACUACAUGAAAAUUCCUCCAAGAUGCAUGUAUACCGCUCAGCUGGUGGGAACUCUGGUUGCUGGAGUAGUGAAUCUUGCAGUGGCUUGGUGGAUGUUGGAUAGCAUUAAGGACAUAUGCCUCGAUGAUAAACUUCACCAUGACAGUCCUUGGACAUGCCCCAAAUACAGAGUGACCUUUGAUGCAUCUGUUAUAUGGGGUCUAAUUGGACCAAAACGACUCUUUGGACCUGGUGGACUAUACAGGAACCUUGUGUGGUUAUUCCUGAUUGGAGCAGUGUUGCCAGUUCCUAUUUGGGUGUUGAGCAAAAUCUACCCUGACAAGAAAUGGAUACCACUCAUAAACAUACCUGUCAUAUCCUAUGGUUUUGCUGGAAUGCCACCUGCAACUCCUGCCAAUAUUGCAAGUUGGCUAUUGACCGGAAUGAUCUUCAAUUACUUCGUGUUCCGCUACAACAAACGUUGGUGGCAGAAGUACAACUAUGUACUAUCUGCAGCACUAGAUGCAGGCACAGCUUUCAUGGGUGUUUUAAUAUUCUUUGCCCUGCAAAAUGCUGGCCAUAAUCUCAAAUGGUGGGGAAGUGAAAUGGACCAUUGCCCCUUGGCCACUUGCCCAACUGCACCAGGAAUUGUGGUUGAUGGGUGUCCAGUAUUCUAAUAGAGAACAACAACAAUGAGUUUAGUUUUUUUCUUUUAUGUUUGUUUGGGGUGGGGACAAAGCUAGGCUUUUAGUUCAGCUAUAACCUAUAUAGGGUGAAAGCGAAAGGAAUAACCAAUUGCUUAGCAAAAUUCUGUACAUGGUUAUCAUUGUGGAGGGUUUAAGGUUCUUAACCAGUGUUGUUAUAUAUGUCUCAUAAUAGAUGAGGUUUUUUUGAUAAUGGAACGAAGUAUGAGUUCAAAUGCC